CGCAGGGCUGGGGGGCGGGGACGGGCGAGCCGAGGAGGGGGCCCGGGAGACCCAGGCCCCGCGCGCGGCGGUCGCCCUUGCAGGAACGAGCCUGGGGGCAGGGGUCGUGUUCUGUCUCCUUCCUCCCACGUCACCCCGAAGGAAGUCUUACUCUUUCUAGACCCACGUACCCGUGCCCCGGACAGUCAAGGGCGACCACCAGGGGUGGUGUAAGCGCGGACGGGCAUCCUUUCUGAGCACCGGCUUGGCCGGUUGUCAUGGUAACCUUUCUCCAGCACGGAGCGUCCCCCACUCCCACCAUUAUGGUUAUGGAGCCCCAAACCCUCUGCACCAGGAGGAGGUUGCUAAGCUGUGCGGCUGAGCUGGGCUGGCGCCGCCCUCCUGGAACUCCUCCAGCCUGCGACCUAGGAGCUGCAGGGGCUGAAGCUGAACCCAAAUCAGAGUUCAGGCCCCGGGAAUCCCGUCCGGAAGGAAAUCCGGGCCCGCCACACCGUUUCGUGGGAGGUGGAGAGACAAAUGAGAUCCCAGCUUCGCUGUCCUCCCCUUCGCUGUCCACCUCUGUCAAGAUGCCCCGCGGCCCAGCGAGGGCCUGACGUCAGCCCCAUGCGGCUCACCCGCUGCCAGGCUGCGCUGGCAGCCGCCAUCACCCUCAACCUGCUGGUCCUCUUCUAUGUCUCCUGGCUGCAGCACCAGCCCAGGGCCGCCCGGGGCCGGGGCCCGCGCCGCGCCGCCGCCACUGGCCCCCGCGUCACCGUCCUGGUGCGGGAAUUCGAGGCCUUUGACAACGCCGUGCCCGAGCUGGUGGACUCCUUCCUGCAGCAGGACCCGGCCCAGCCCGUGGUGGUGGUGGCCGACACGCUGCCCUACCCGCCUCUGGCCUUGCCUCGCGUCCCCAAUGUUCGGCUGGCGCUGCUCCAGCCCGCUUUGGACCGGCCCGCGGCGGCGGCGCGUCCGGAAACCUACGUGGCCACCGAAUUCGUGGCUGUGGUGCCCGAUGGGACGCGGGCUGAGACCCCGGGCCAGCUGGAGCGCAUGGUGGAGGCUCUCCGGCUGGGGGGCGCGCGCCUGGUGGCCGCCCCGGUCGCCACGGCCAACCCCGCCCGGUGCCUGGCCCUGAACGUCAGCCUGCGUGAGUGGACGGCCCGCUACGGCCCGGCGCCUGCCGCACCCCGCUGCGACGCCCUGGACGGGGACGCAGUCGUGCUCCUGCGCGCCCGCGACCUCUUCAACCUCUCGGCGCCGCUGGCCCGGCCGGUGGGCACCAGCCUCUUCCUGCAGACCGCCCUGCGCGGCUGGCAGGUGCAGCUGCUGCCCCUGCGCUUCGCCGCGGCGCGCCAGCCCCCGCUGGCCACGGCGCACGCGCGCUGGAAGGCGGAGCGCGAGGGGCGCGCGCGGCGGGCGGCGCUGCUGCGCGCGCUGGGCGUCCGCCUGGUGAGCUGGGAGGGCGGGCGGCUCGAGUGGUUCGGCUGCAGCAAGGAGACGACGCGCUGCUUCGGGACGGUGGUGGGCGACACGCCGUCCUACCUGUACGAGGGGCGCUGGACGCCCCCGUGCUGCCUGCGCGCGCUGCGGGAGACCGCCCGCUACGUGGUGGGCGUGCUGGAGGCGGCCGGCGUGCGCUACUGGCUGGAGGGCGGCUCGCUGCUGGGGGCGGCGCGCCACGGCGACAUCAUCCCGUGGGACUACGACGUGGACCUGGGCAUCUACCUGGAGGACGUGGGCAGCUGCGAGCAGCUGCGGGGCGCCGAGGCCGGCUCAGUGGUGGACGAGCGGGGCUUCGUGUGGGAGAAGGCCGUGGAGGGCGACUUCUUCCGCGUGCAGUACAGCGAGAGCAACCACCUGCACGUGGACCUGUGGCCCUUCUACCCCCGCAACGGGGUCAUGACCAAGGACACGUGGCUGGACCACCGGCAGGACGUGGAGUUCCCGGAGCACUUCCUGCAGCCGCUGGUGCCGCUGUCCUUUGCGGGCUUCGUGGCGCAGGCGCCCAACAACUACCGGCGCUUCCUGGAGCUCAAGUUCGGGCCCGGCGUCAUCGAGAACCCCGAGUACCCCAACCCAGCGCUCUUGAGCCUGCCGGGAAGCAGCUGAAGCCCCGGGGCCAGGGACGUCUGGGCGCCCGCAGCUGCGUGAAGACGCUUUGCUUGCCAGGUGGUGGGGCUGUGGGUGUGCGCGCAGAGAGGGGGCGGGGGCCCAGCGGAGAAAGGUGAGCCCGCUUCUGCGGGAGGCAGGUUAGGCCCAAGAUGGGGGCCACGUCGCGAGGUUCUCCAUCCGGGGAGGGGCUUCCUAGAGAUUGAGGGGGCCGCUGGCAUUUGGUGGACAGAUCCGGGGACUCCGAGCUGACCUGCAGGGCCCAGGGCCAUCUCGGACCCUAGAGGUGGGUCCCGCCGGGUACUCCAGGAGCCGGGGCGGAGUUUUGCAAAGAGACCGGGCGCUUGGGGCCUAGGGCACCCCCGACGGCUGGCGGGGGCGUUCCCGGGACUCCGGCGACUGGGUCUCUAUCGCCGCUAGGGGGCGCGCCUGUCCUACUGCCGGGGCCGCGAACCCAGGGCCUCGGAGGCUGUGGUCUUCUGUCCAGGCCUCCGUGGGGCCCAGGACGGCGGUGACCACCUCCCUCCCUCGGGGAUCUCGGCGCGGGAGCCGUGCGGGGCGGGCUCCGAGCUCUAAGGCGCCGCCGCGGUGGGGCCAGGUCCUGGAUCCGGGCCCCUGUCAUUACAUUAUUACCUCGUUAUUUCAGCUCUGUGCACCUGUUUCCCCUCCGGCCAGGAAGGGCACACAGUAAUUACAGCUCACUUACCGAGCACUCGCUGGGUGCCCGGCACCAUUCUCGGGCUCCACAUGGGUUAAGCAACGGAGGCUUCCGCUGAACCCUGCCCAGGGGCAGCUGCUCUUGUUUCCAUUUUACAAACACAGGACCCGAGGCCAGAGUGGUGAGAGAGCCUAGGAAGGGCAGGUUGGGGCCGCGAACCCGCCCCCCCCCCCCCAGGGCCGCGGCGGGGGGCGGCACCCGACAGCACAGCGGUUGCCCAGGACUCCAGGGGAUGUGUGUGUACUGAUGAAUUCUGUGCGGGUACUGCUGUCAGACCGCUUAGUCAACGGCUUAAAUUAUUCAAUGGAAAAUAAAAAGCAAGCAUGUACAGAG